AUGGCAGAACAAGAAGAAGAAUACGACCCUCAUGAGCACAGGAAAGAAAUGCUUGAAUAUCCCACAAAUAACAUUGAAACAUUUUUCAACUUGAUCAAAGGAUGUUUCGGUACUGGAGUACUGGCGAUGCCAGAAGCCUUUAAGUACACGGGCAUGAUCAACGGCAUCGUUUCCUUGCUGGUACUCGCUUUAUUUGCCACAUACUGUAUCCACGUAUUGGUGCGGAGCCAGUACGCAUUGUGCAAAAAGAAAAGAGUCGGUUUACUGAUUUAUUCCAAGUCGAUGGAGGCCGCAGCCGAAUUUGGACCUCCUGUUUUAAGAACUUGGGGUAGAGUUAUGGGAAUCUUUGCUGAUUUCUUUUUAAUUUUCUAUCAAUUCGGUUUGUGUUGCGUCUACUGGGUGUUCAUUGGAAAAAAUCUAAAAUAUGUCAUAGACGUUUAUUGUGCAGAAAAGCAACCGCUUUACUAUUACAUGUUGGCCCUUAUCAUACCGUUCUGCCUCAUAAUGUGUGUUAGAAAUUUGAAAAUUUUCGCCCCAUUUUCGAUGGUCGCUGACGUUAUAACGUUGGUUACUUUUGGAGUGGUUUUCUACUACAUUUUUUCACAACUAGAUGCGAAUUUCAAUGACCGGCCAGCUGUUGGAAACAUCCAAGGAUAUCCGUUAUUUGUUGGAACGGUGCUGUUUUCAUUGCAAUCAGUUCCAAUGGUGAUAGGUGUUGAAAAUAACAUGAAAACGCCAGAAUAUUUUCGGAAACCUUUCGGUUCGCUCAACACAGCGUUUUCCAUUUUGACUCUAAGUUAUUUGAUGGUGGGUAUUUGCGGAUAUUGGCGUUACGGAGAGGAUAUUCAACCGAGUAUCACUAUGAAUUUUCCACCUGAGGAGAUAAUGGCAGAAGUCAUAAUUUGCAGCUAUUGCAUUGCAAUAUUCGUAACUUACGGCCUCAACGCCUACGUACCAAUAAACAUUAUUUGUACCAGUUAUUUGAAUCCCAAAUUACCAGAAGGCACAACCGACAGGAAAAAGCUUAUAUUCGAAAUGUUAAUUAGGCUGGGAUUUGUAAUUUUAACGUGCAUUUUAGCUACAACUAUCCCUUUACUGGGGAUAUUCAUUUCGCUGUGCGGUUCAGUAGGUUUGUCCGCGCUAGGGAUUAUUUUUCCGGGGAUUUUGGAAAUUUGCGCCUAUUGGGAAGAAGAAAAAACUAGGCCGAAUAAAUUUACAUUUUGGAAAGACAUGGGCAUGAUUAUUUUAGGUUUUGCAGGUUUGCUUACGGGACUAUAUUCAGCGAUUCUAGCUAUGAUCGAAAAACUUUCCAGUGAAGACUAUUGA